UUCAGUCAUAAUUCAAUGGGACGACCCCAUGUUACUGAGCUUCAAGAAAGGAGAGCUCAUUAUCAUAAUCAAAGACGACGAGUUUGCCCAGGAGCGUGGCUGGAUAAAGGGCCAGAAUGAGAGCACAAAACAUACCGGCGCCGUCCCCACCGAGGCCAUCAUAAUCCUGCCAACGCUCAGCAAACCCACCAAUCAGGUCAUGAGCCUCAUCAACCUGUCUCCAAACCAAAGGAAAAACAUAAUACAGGCAAACCAGAAGGAAACAGGAACCAUGGAGAGAUUAGCUCCCGCCACGCUGAAAGAGUUCUCCCUGGAGUACUUCAGGCAGCCCACUAAGGAUGUGAACCGUCAGGUGAUGUCCAGGAACGCUGCUCCUGAGAGGCUGUGGGCCAACUCGAGGGAGCCAAUCAGACAGCCCCUCCUCCAGAAGCUGGUGGGCAACCCGGAGCUCAGCCACAAAGCCUGCCUGGCCUUCACUGAUAUCCUCCACACAUAUAUGAAAAGUAGCAUUUCUUACUACUUGUUUUUUUUACCAGUGCACCUUUUGGCAUGCAAGUUAAAUUGAUGAAUGUACUAUAAGACUAUUUCAGGGCAUGGUUCAAUUUGUCUACUCCCUGACACACGUGUACCUGAAUCCUGCCCACACAGGGAGCAGAUCCUCACGGUUUAAUCAGGCCUUACAAAGUAUCUUCUUUGUAUCUGCUUAACCCUAACC